AUGUCAGUUAAUGAAGCUAACACAUCUGAGCUUGAAGCAUUGAGACAGCAUGCUACUGAACUUGAGGCUGAGAAUGCAGAGCUUAAAGCAUUGAGACAGCGUGCCACUGAACUUGAGGCUGAGCUUAAGGCUAAGAAAGAUGAGUUUGAAGCCAAAAAAGUCGAAUUUCUAAAAUCUACCAAAAAAUAUUACACAGAAUUUGAGGGUUAUAUAGUAAAAUUAAAACAUCUUAGUUCGCAAAACCCAGACAAUCUUGAGAGUAUUGAGGCUUUAAUUCGUGAUAUCAAGGCCCAGAAUGUAAGGAAUAAAUCAAUUAUAGAAGAAUAUGAAAAGGAACUGGAAUCCAAGAAAAAUCACAAAUUCCAGACCAGAUGCAUCCAGAUAGCUAAGGAAAUUCUUAAUGAGGAACCUAUUAUCGAAUAUCGCCCUCCUUUCCUGAAUGGAUUAGAGCUUGAUGCUUUCUUCCAAAAAUAUCGAAUCGCAUUAGAGGUGCAAGGGGCUCAGCAUCGGCUUUAUAGUACUAGCUGGUAUAAAGAUGUUAAGAAACUCGAAGAUAUUGUUAAUCGUGAUCGGCAAAAAAGGUGCAUUUGUCUGGAUAGUGGAAUUUUUCUUAUUGAGAUAUG